AUGGCGACAAAAUCAAGAUCCGUAGAGCGACAACAGUCGUUGGAAGGAAUCGUAACAUACUGUGAUGAUCGCUUAGCACGGGUAUGGAUCGAGGCUAUGAAACGCGAGAAAGAAAUAAGUUUUGCUUAUCGGUCAAGACAUUUCAAUCUUGGUGAUUGGUUAUCAAUGUCGCUAACAACCGAUGAAGUUCACAGAAUCACUCCCCUUCUACAAACUCGGGUUCUCAGGAUUGGUGUAACACAGGUCAGAACUGAAGUGAUAUUCAGGCACGAUAACGAGAAGAUUGGUCACGGCAUCAUUAUUCAGUCGAAGCAUUUUGACCGUGUGGCUGUAUUUACACCAUUCACUGGCGUUAUAAUAGAUCGAAUUUAUAGGGUUUACGUGGAGAGGAUUCCUCGAGACCAGCGGUGGAAUGAACAGGAAAGCGGUGUAUAUUGGUUUGUUCCAUCCAAUCAAAUUCCUGAACUUAUUCCAAUCAAUAAACAUCCAGCAAAUGAUAUACAACUUAUGGGCCCUCUAAUAGGUAUAGUGGUUAGUAAAGCCAUAAGAUUUGCAUUUGUUUGGACACCAGCCCUCGGAGAGGGAGUAUGUGAAAAUCAUGAAAAUUUGGUGAUUGGAGGAUGGAUUAAAUUCACGGCCGACUCGCAUCCUGAAAAUUUUGUCCAUAUAAAUAUCAACUUUUGUAUUAUCGAGUGGACGACGACAGAUCCCAUCUUAAAAUGUGUACCGCUAUUCAAUAAUCUAAUGCUUAUAUCAACUAUAUUCAUCUCUCAUUGGCCGAUGAAUAAUUUAACAGCGGAUUGGAUAGGACCAGUUACAGAUCGGGAUGGCAUCCUGGAAAAAGCAGUGUGUACUUUUGGAGUCGGAAAAACGUAUGAAGUAAAGUUAAAGCGUAUGAAAAAAAACCGAAAAGAACCGGUUACUACGUGGAAUGUGCAUCAGGUCUUAUUCAUAUGUACCAAUUUUCGUUUAUUUCAAAUGCCGGAUUGUAUAAAUGAAAUUCGAAGGGAUGGUAUCGUUUGCUUCGUCGAUAUCCAGAAAUCGUUGGCAUUAGUUUAUAUUCAAGAUAUAAACCGAGGGAAUGGUCAGAUGUUAUCCGUUGAUUUGAGAAUAUUUGAAGCAGUUCCAGCACUUGGGGAUUGGUUUAGUUUCAAAAUACAUGAAAAAAAUCAAUUCUGGACAGUGCUCAAUGCCAUGAAAUCCCGGAAAUUAUGCGCCUCUCAUAUAUUUAACGGUCAAUUAGAAGUUGAGACAGAAGUUGUACUCACUAAUAAAAUCUCAGCGAAAGGCCAUCAAGUAAUGUUUUCCGUUGUUCUCGGAGCAGUGGUAGACGAUGCGAACAGACUGUCAAAUAUUUCUUUGGAUGCUUUCCAAAAAUAUACUGUCUGGUGUACAACAAUGCAAGCAACAAUUCCAAAUGAUCCGUAUUGGAGGAUAACUUACUCCCGUACUUUUCCGAUGAAGGGCGCUCUUACAUCAAAACCUAAGCUUAACUCAAACACACAAAUACUUGAUGAUAUUUCUUAUGUUGGCGUCGUUGUUGGUGAAUGCCGUACAGGUUAUUUCGUAUGGACACCUUCAUUGGCUGAAAUUAUAUAUCAUUAUAACGAUGGUUUACGCAUCGGUGACUGGAUUCGAUUUCGGAUUAGGAGAAAACAACGAGCACAUCCGGGUGGGAAACCCUUUUGUAUAAACAACUGGCAAAAAAUGGAUAGUCUGUACCCUGCGCGUAAAGAAAACAAUACUGCUGUGGUUACGGUUGAAUUAAUGAUAUCAGAAAAGCAUAGAAGUCGGCAACCUCCACCAUUGCCCUUUUUUGGUGAAGUCCUCGAUAAGAAACAUUGCUUUGGAGCGCAUAUCGAUGAUAUACGUGGUCAUAUAAUCGAGAUGGAUAUAAAACACGUCAGAACUGAAAAAUAUGUUCCAAGUUGGGACAUCACCUUUAUUUUAGUGAAAGGACCUGUCCAUAGAAAAGAAUCGGUUCAUGCAAGAGCUGUAGAAAUGAAUGCUGAUCCUGCAGAAAUCGAUGCUAUUGCCAUACCUUCGAAUGCUUCAACAAAUAGUGCAUCCGUUCAGAAUGCAGUUACCUUUCUCAAUGGUGAUUUAUCCCUUGAUGUAGAUAAAUCAGUUAUUGAUGAUGAAUACAGGUGUUGCUUCGAAUUUGAGCGGGAAAAUGAAAAUCAUUCUCUGACGAUUUAUGAAGGAGAAAAAAAGGAGCACGGGGAGGAUCAUCGUGGUAGAAAUGAUCCGCAAAAGGAAGAUAUUGAGCUUGAUCCUGCUAUUUGUUCCAUGAAACUUUUGUUCAUGUCUAAAGAGGUACGGGAAGCGAUAAAAACGAAUUGCAUGGAAGAAUACACAAUACUUCGCCAAUACUUUGAUUUUGUGUCGUAA